UCCGGCGGAAGUGACGGCGCGGUGAGUGUGGCGGCCGCUGCCGCCGCCGCCCGGGACGCAGAGGACCCUCCGUCUCAGCCAAGCUCGCAUGGGGGCGGCGCCGAGCUUCUCCGGGGGCCACUCCGGGCCCCGCGCGCACAGACUCGCCACCAUGCAUGCUCUGUCGGAAGCAAACGGCACCUUUGCUUUGACCCUUUUGAAACAUCUGGGUGAAGACAACUCGAAAAAUGUGUUUCUCUCACCCAUAAGCAUCUCCUCUGCCCUGGCCAUGGUCUUCAUGGGGGCAAAGGGAGACACCGCGGCCCAGAUGUCCCAGGCACUUUCUCUAAGCAGAAGCAGCGGCGGAGGUGGAGACGUCCACCGGGAUUUCCAGAACCUUCUCAGCGAAGUUAACAGGACCGGCACACAGUACUUGCUCAGAACCGCCAACAGGCUCUUUGGAGAGAAGACUUAUGAUUUCCUCCCAUCUUUCAAAGAUUCCUGCCGCAAAUUCUACCAAGCAGAGAUGGAAGAGCUCGACUUUAUCAGCGCUGCGGAGGAAUCCAGGACACACAUAAACACCUGGGUAGCCCAAAGGACGGAAGGAAAGAUUACAGACCUGCUGUCUCCAGGUUCAGUGGACUCCGUGACUUGUCUGGUUCUCGUGAACGCCAUCUACUUCAAAGGGAACUGGGACAAUCAGUUUAACAAGCAGCACACCAAGCAGAGGCCGUUCAAAGUCAGCCAGAAUGUGGAGAAGCCUGUGCAAAUGAUGUUUAAGAAAUCCACCUUUAAAAUGACCUACAUCGGAGAGAUAUUCACGAAGAUUCUGGUGCUUCCCUACGUCGGCAGGGAGCUCGAUAUGAUCAUCAUGCUUCCCGAUGAAAACGCCGAUUUGAAAACGGUGGAAAAGGAGCUUACUUAUGAGAAAUUCCUCGAGUGGACGAGGCCGGACCUGAUGGACGCGGAGGAGGUGGAGGUGUCCCUGCCCAAGUUUAAGCUCGAGGAGAGCUACGACAUGGAGGGCGUCCUCCGCACCCUGGGCAUGACCGACGCCUUCGAGAGCGCCAGCGCGGACUUCUCCGCGAUGUCGUCCCAGGGGAACCUGUGCCUGUCCCGGGUCGCGCACAAGGCCUUUGUGGAGGUCGACGAGGAGGGCACGGAGGCGGCCGCCGCCACCGCCGCAGUCAUGAUGCUGCGCUGCGCCAGGAUCCCCCCCAGGUUCUGUGCCGACCACCCUUUCCUCUUCUUCAUCCAGCACAGCAAGACCCGCGCCCUUCUGUUCUGCGGCCGGCUCAGCUCCCCGUGAGGAGGCGGCGGCCCCGCUGGCCCCUGCCGGCCCGCCCUC